AACCAGAGACCAGCCAGUGGAAGAGGGAGGGAAAAAGGAAGAGGGGGAGAGAGAGAGAAAAAAAAAGAUAGAAAGAGCGACUGACUGAAGUGGAGGAAGCGAGCUCUGUAGUUUAGCCUGAACUCUUCGAAGCUGCUGCCGACAGGAAGAUAAGUUUGUCUCACUGCGACGCUGACUGAGCCACACGGUUGUUGUUAGCCACCCUCUUAAAAAAGGCAUCCUGCACCCCAAAAGCAGCAACCAUGUCGGAUGCAGACAAGUUUCUGUACGUGGACCGUAAUGUGGUCAACAACCCACUGGCACAAGCUGACUGGGCUUCCAAGAAGCUGGUAUGGGUGCCCUCGGAGCGCCUGGGGUUCGAGGCCGGCUCCAUCAAGGAGGAGCACGGCGACGAGUGCGUUGUGGAGCUGGCAGACUCUGGAAAGAAGAUCCGAGUGAACAAGGAUGACAUCCAGAAGAUGAACCCCCCGAAGUUCAGCAAGGUCGAGGACAUGGCCGAGCUCACAUGUCUGAAUGAGGCAUCCGUGCUGCAUAACCUGAAAGAGAGAUAUUACUCUGGUCUUAUAUAUACAUACUCUGGCCUCUUCUGUGUCGUCAUAAACCCCUACAAGAACCUGCCCAUCUACUCAGAGGAGAUCGUUGACAUGUACAAGGGCAAAAAGAGGCACGAAAUGCCACCCCACAUCUACGCCAUCACUGACACGGCUUACAGAAGCAUGAUGCAGGAUCGUGAAGACCAGUCCAUCCUUUGCACAGGCGAGUCUGGUGCUGGUAAGACAGAGAACACGAAGAAGGUCAUCCAGUAUCUCGCUCACAUCGCCUCCUCUCACAAGACCAAAAAAGAUCAGAACAACUUGGUCCUGUCACAUGGGGAGCUGGAGAAGCAGCUGCUGCAGGCUAACCCCAUUCUAGAAGCCUUUGGAAAUGCCAAGACUGUCAAAAAUGACAAUUCCUCCAGAUUCGGAAAAUUCAUCAGAAUCAAUUUCGACGUCAAUGGUUACAUCGUUGGUGCCAAUAUUGAAACUUACUUGUUGGAGAAAUCCCGUGCCAUUCGCCAGGCCAAAGAAGAGCGGACCUUUCACAUCUUCUACUACUUGCUCACAGGGGCUGGAGACAAAUUGCGCAGUGAUCUCCUCCUGGAAAAUUACAACAACUACCGUUUUCUUUCCAAUGGGAACGUCACAAUUCCGGGCCAACAGGACAAGGAUCUGUUCACAGAGACCAUGGACGCCUUCAGGAUCAUGGGUAUUCCAGAGGAUGAGCAAAUUGGUCUGUUGAAGGUGGUGGCAUCUGUUCUGCAGCUUGGAAACAUGAGCUUUAAGAAGGAGCGCCACACAGACCAAGCCUCCAUGCCUGAUAACACAGCUGCCCAGAAGGUAUGCCACCUCAUGGGUAUGAAUGUCACAGACUUCACCAGGGCCAUCCUGUCACCCAGAAUCAAGGUGGGCCGAGACUAUGUCCAGAAGGCUCAGACUCAGGAGCAAGCAGAGUUUGCUGUGGAAGCCCUCGCUAAGGCCACAUAUGAGAGGAUGUUCCGCUGGCUCGUCAUGAGGAUCAACAAAGCACUUGACAAGACCAAGAGACAGGGAGCCUCUUUCAUUGGCAUCUUGGAUAUUGCUGGCUUUGAGAUCUUCGAGCUGAACUCAUUUGAGCAGCUGUGCAUCAACUACACCAACGAGAAGCUGCAGCAGCUCUUCAACCACACCAUGUUCAUCCUGGAGCAAGAGGAGUACCAGAGGGAGGGCAUUGAGUGGAGUUUCAUUGACUUUGGCCUAGACCUGCAGCCCUGCAUCGAACUCAUUGAGAAGCCAGCCAGCCCCCCGGGUAUCCUGGCUUUGCUGGAUGAGGAGUGCUGGUUCCCUAAGGCCACAGACAAGAGCUUUGUGGAGAAGGUGCUCCAGGAGCAGGGAACACAUCCCAAAUUCUUCAAGCCCAAGAAACUGAAGGAUGAAGCAGAUUUCUGCAUUAUCCAUUAUGCUGGCAAGGUGGACUACAAGGCAGACGAAUGGCUGCUGAAGAACAUGGAUCCCUUGAAUGACAAUGUGGCUACACUGCUCAACCAGUCGACAGACAAGUUUGUGUCUGAGCUCUGGAAGGAUGAGGUACAUAAUUGUCAGAGAGCCUAUUUUUAUCAGCGUUUUCCUAUUCUGCACUCAGAUCCAGUGGACAGCAUUGUUGGUCUAGAUAAGGUGACUGGCAUGUCUGAGAUGCACGGCGCUUUCAAGACUCGUAAAGGGAUGUUCCGCACGGUGGGCCAGCUGUACAAGGAGCAGCUGUCCAAACUGAUGGCCACACUGAGGAACACAAACCCCAACUUUGUUCGCUGCAUCAUCCCUAACCACGAGAAGAAGGCUGGUAAACUGGACCCCCACCUGGUUCUGGAUCAGCUGAGGUGUAAUGGUGUGCUUGAGGGGAUCCGUAUCUGCAGACAGGGCUUCCCCAACCGCAUCGUCUUCCAGGAGUUCAGACAGAGGUAUGAAAUCCUCACCCCCAAUGCUAUCCCCAAGGGCUUCAUGGAUGGAAAGCAGGCCUGUGUGCUCAUGAUCAAAAGUCUGGAGCUGGAUCCCAACCUCUACCGCAUUGGUCAGAGUAAAGUUUUCUUCAGAGCAGGAGUCCUGGCUCACCUGGAGGAGGAAAGGGACAUGAAGAUCACGGACAUCAUAAUCAGCUUCCAGGCCUGGUGCAGAGGCUAUGUGGCCCGCAAGGCUUUUGCUAAGAGGCAGCAGCAGCUGACUGCAAUGAGGGUGAUCCAGAGGAACUGCGCUGCUUAUCUUAAACUCAGGAACUGGCAGUGGUGGAGGCUCUUCACCAAGGUGAAGCCUCUGCUCCAAGUCAGCAGGCAGGAGGAGGAGAUGCAGGCCAAGGAUGAAGAGCUGAAUAAGGUGAAAGAGAAGCAUUUUCAUGCUGAGCAGCAGCUCCGGGAAAUGGAGGACAAACACCAGCAGCUGAAUGCUGAGAAGAUGGCCCUGCAGGAGCAGCUUCAGGCAGAAACAGAACUCUGUGCCGAAGCUGAGGAAAUGAGAGCCCGUCUCGCUGCCAAGAAGCAGGAGCUGGAAGAGAUCCUCCACGACCUGGAGGCCCGAGUGGAGGAGGAGGAGGAGCGUGCCUCUCACCUGGCAACGGAGAAGAAAAAGAUGCAGCAAAAUAUUUCUGACUUGGAGCAGCAACUGGAUGAGGAGGAAGCAGCCAGACAGAAGCUCCAGCUGGAGAAGGUCACCAUGGAAGCAAAGAUGAAGAAGAUAGAAGAGGAUGUUAUGGUGUUAGAUGACCACAACAACAAACUAAUGAAGGAGAAGAAGCUGCUGGAGGAGAGGAUCUCUGAGUUCACCACCAACCUGGCAGAGGAGGAGGAGAAAUCCAAGAGCUUGCAGAAACUCAAGACCAAACAUGAGGCUAUGAUCACAGACUUGGAGGACCGUCUGCGCAGGGAGGAGAAGCAGCGCCAGGAGCUGGAGAAGAACCGACGCAAGAUGGAGAGUGACUUUACUGAGACAAACGAUCAGAUUUCUGAGCUGCAGGCCCAGAUUGCUGAGCUCCGUGCCCAGUUGGCUAAGAAGGAAGAAGAGCUCCAGGCAGCCCUGGCCAGGAUUGAGGAAGAGGCUGCACAGAAGAACCUGGCCCAGAAAAAGAUCCGUGAGUUGGAAGCUCAGCUCUCCGAGCUCCAAGAGGACUUGGAGCUGGAGAAGCAGGCCCGCGCCAAGGCAGAGAAACACCGCAGGGAUCUGGGAGAAGAGCUGGAGGCCCUCAAGACUGAGCUAGAGGACACUCUGGACUCCACUGCCGCUCAGCAAGAGCUCAGGAGCAAACGUGAGACCGAGGUGGCCCAGCUUAAAAAGACUCUUGAAGACGAAGGCAAAGUUCACGAACAGCAGCUUGCUGACCUGAGACAGAAACACGGUCAGGCCUUUGACGAGCUCAAUGAGCAGCUGGAGCAGGCUAAGAGGAACAAAGCAUCUGUGGAGAAGACCAAACAGGCCCUGGAGUCUGAGAGGAAUGAGCUGUCCAUCGAGCUGCAGACUCUGAUGCAGGGUAAAGGAGAGUCAGAGCAUCGCAGGAAGAAGGCCGAAGCUCAGGUCCAGGAGCUGCAGCUCAAACACUCAGAGAGCGAGCGCCAGAGGCUGGAGCUGGCUGAGAAACUCUCAAAAGUGCAGGCUGAACUGGAGAAUGUUAACAGCGUGCUGAGUGAGGUGGAGGGCAAGUCCAUUAAGGCAACCAAAGACUGCUCUGCUGUAGAAUCCCAGCUGCAGGACGUUCAGGAAUUACUGCAGGAAGAGACGCGCCAGAAACUAUCGGUCAACACACGGCUGCGCCAGCUCGAGGAUGAACAGAACAACCUGAAAGAACAGCUGGAGGAGGAGGAAGAAGCCAAGAGGAACGUAGAGAGGCAGCUCCAAACGGUGCAGGCUCAGCUUACUGAAUUGAAGAAGAAGGCGGAGCAGGAUGCUGGCUCUCUGGAAAGUGCUGAGGAGGGAAAGAAGAAGUUUCAGCGGGACCUGGAGGCAGUGAACCAGCGCCUGGAGGAGAAAUGCGCCGCAUACGAGAAGUUGGAUAAAACAAAAACGCGUCUCCAGCAAGAGUUGGAUGACCUGCAGGUAGACCAGGACCACCUCCGACAGAUCGUGUCCAACCUCGAGAAGAAGCAGAAGAAGUUUGACCAGAUGCUGGCAGAGGAGAAGAAUAUCUCUGCUCGCUAUGCAGAGGAGCGUGACAGAGCUGAAGCUGAAGCCAGAGAAAAGGAGACCCGGACACUGGCUUUAACCCGGGAGCUGGAAGCCCUGACAGAGGUGAAAGAAGAGCUGGACCGCAACAACAAGCUGCUGCGGGCUGAAAUGGAGGACCUCGUAUCCUCCAAGGAUGAUGUUGGCAAGAACGUCCACGAGUUGGAGAAGGCCAAACGUGCAAUGGAGCAGCAGCUGGAGGAGAUGAAGACUCAGCUGGAGGAGCUGGAGGAUGAGCUGCAGGCCACAGAGGACGCCAAGCUGCGCCUGGAGGUCAACAUGCAGGCCAUGAAAGCCCAGUAUGAGAGAGACCUGGCAGGACGCGAUGAGAUGGGAGAGGAGAAGAAGAGGGCACUGGUUAAACAGGUGAGGGAGAUGGAGAUGGAGCUGGAGGAUGAAAGGAAGCAGCGUUCUGCUGCCGUGGCUGGACGCAAGAAGCUGGAGCUGGACCUGAAGGAGCUUGAGGCAGCCAUCGACAUGGCGAACAAGAACCGUGACGAGGCCCUGAAACAGUUGAAGAAACUUCAGGCCCAGAUGAAAGAUGUCAUCCGGGAGCUGGACGACACUCGCUUGUCCAGAGAUGAGAUCCUCACCCAGAGCAAGGAGACUGAGAAGAAGCUAAAGGGCAUGGAGGCUGACAUGCUGCAGAUGCAGGAGGAGCUGGCGGCUGCAGAGCGAGUAAAGAGGCAGGCCCAGCAGGAGAGAGACGAGCUGCAGGAUGAGAUCAAUAACCAGGCCGCCAAGAACGCUCAGGUUGCAGAGGAGAGGAGGCGACUGGAGGCUCGUAUUGCUCAGCUGGAGGAAGAGCUGGAGGAGGAGCAGUGCAACACUGAGCUGGUCAACGACAGGCUGAAGAAGGCAAUGCUUCAGACUGACCAGAUGAACGUGGAGCUGACUGCAGAGCGCAGCACCUCUCAGCGUGUCGAGGGGGCUCGUUCCCAGCUCGACCGUCAGAACAAGGAGCUGAAACUGAAGCUGCAGGAGCUCGAGGGAACGGUCAAGUCAAAGUACAAGGCCAACAUGGCCGCCCUGGAGGCAAAGAUUGCUCAGCUGGAGGAACAGCUGGAUAUAGAAACCAGGGAGAGGCAGACUGCCACCAAACUUGUGAGACGCAGCGAGAAGAAACUAAAGGAAGUCAUCCUGCAGGUGGACGACGAGAGGCGCAACACGGAGCAGUACAAGGACCAGGUCGACAAGUUGAACUCUCGCAUGAAGCAGAUCAAGCGUCAGCUGGAGGAGGCUGAGGAGGAGGCUCAGAGAGCCAACGCCAGCCGAAGAAAACUUCAGAGGGAGCUGGAGGACGCCACAGAGUCUGCUGAUGCCAUGAACCGUGAAGUCAACAGCCUCAAGAGCAAGCUCAGGCGUGGUGACCUCCCCUUCACCACACGCCGCACCAUUCCUCGCAGCAGUGGUGGCGGCGGUGAUAGUGAGGAGGAGAGCGAGGUGAAAACCGAGACCCCCGAGCCCAAGCCUGAAUGAACGGCGCCUCUCGACUCGUUUAUAAAUGACACCAUAAAUAGACCCAAAAACACACAUGAGCACACAUUACUGUAACUCCCAAAACGGAGACGCAAACAUACAAAUGUUGUCCAGAUUAGCCACAGGGAUGCAGAUUAACAUCUGAUCUCGCUCUUUCUCUCUCGCAGUGACGAUCUAUGCAUUCUCAAUGCACGCGCACACACACCAGACGCCAUUAAAGUGGGACAAUCACCAUACUGACAAACACACACUUUUGUUUUGUUUUUUUUUGGGGGGGGGGCAAAUUUCUCUGUUGCUUAAUUUUUCAUUCUCUUGGAAAAAUGAAAAUAUUUUUAUAAGGAAACAUUCCACGUGUAAUAGUCCCUUUAGGAUCUAUUUUUCUAACUGAAGAAAAAGAAGUAUAGAAAAAUGAAGACAGAUUACUGGAAGGGGGACCAAAGUAAUAUCUCAAUCUAUAGAAUAGUUUGGGGGUUUUUUUGUAUGCAGACAUUUUUAUAACGGUUAAGAAAGGAAGUGCUUCAUGUUUGUUAUGCUCUUGCCUUGGCCUAUAAAGGUGGUUUAUAUGCUGAAAUGUAUUCUAGCAAUUUAGCUGCAGUUAGCACUCGUGACUAUGCUUUUUGGGCUUGAUCAUUUUGUUACACACAUUUCAUGUGGAAACAUUAAAUUUGAAGGCUUUCAAGCAACAAAUUGGCAACUUGUUAAUCUAUUGAAGGUAUUUGAUUGCGACUGUGCUGAAAUUUCCUGAUUUUUAGCACUGCAUUUGGGUUGUGUUGGGGAAGGGGGGGCAUUUUAGCCUAGAUAUUAUCAUAAACCACUGCAUUUGUGUGUUUCAUUGACACGAAAAGCUUGAAAGUUUUGAAUACACUGUGCACAUCCCAAUUUAGUAUGUGUGCGCACACAGCCAACACACACUAAAGGCCUUAAAUGCAGCAGAAAUCUACUGGGCAGGGUCAUUGAUUUUUCUGUUUAUCCCCAUCAGUGUUUUGUUUAUUUGCUAAUGUUCAGGGUAAAGUUUAAAAGGGGUGGUGGGGUAGUCUCUUUACUCACAGCACACACUGUAUUCUCAGGGUACAGCUUGUUGACAGAAGUUGCUGAUUUUUAUCACAAACCAAAGGCACAUUCAUGUGAUACGGAUUGUAAUUUAUCACUUGUAUGCUAAAAUCUGACUGGCCUUUAAGAUGUCAUAUACCCCAGGUUCUGAGUAGAUGUAUCAGAUAAACGAGCAGUCUGUGUCUAGAUGAUGGAGAAACCCCAACAAGCUGUGCCCGAAGUAGCUUUUGGCUCACACUGCUGGAAAGUGAGAGGAAUGUGUCGUAACUUAAGACUUACAGCUCACAGUUUAAACAAUCACAUCUUUCGCACUUAAAGGAAAUCCAAAAGAGGGGGGGGAAGAAAAAAAAUUAAACUGCAUCUCGAUUAUUGUCAUGUUUUUCUGUCUGCACCUCUGGAAUGGAAAUCAUGUUGUGAAAUGUUGGAAUUAUUACGAUUAAAGAUGCUUUCUAAACUGC